AUGAGCACCACAACGCCGAACUCUGUGGCUUCUCGCCCGAUCCUGUCUGUCACGAACCACCUUCGUGGCAUCGACAACUUUGACGAGUGGCACUUCGAGUUGACCACGAUCGUCCUGCAAGGCGAAGGACUUACCGCCCAGGCGACGAAGUGCGCCGACGUCGAAGUCGUUUGGUCCAUGAAAGGACUCCGUCGGGCACUUCGAGUCCUUGACGGCGACGUCAAGAAGCUUCGCGCGCAUCAAGAGGAGGUAGUGUCUCGACCUUCGGACGCGUCUCCUCUACCUCCUCCGACACUCGAUGCACUCCCUGUUGCAUUGUCCUCGCCAGUGGCGGAGUACCUGGCGGAGCAUCGCUCUACUGUACUCGCCACGGCUCGAGCAGCAAAGGGACAGAUGGACCAGAUGGUCCGCACCGAGCUCGCCGACGUCGAGCGCUCGUGUGCGUUGGUUUACGCCUCGCUCUCCGACUCUGUUCGUCGAGAUGCGGCUGCGGCGAACCUGAACAAGUGUGCGCAUUGCGUUAUCACUUGGCUCCGCAGCAAGUUUUGCAGCGAAGAGCAAAAGCAUGCGUCGGCGGUGACUGUCUACACCAAGUUCCAUACCUUCAAGUUCGAGAGACACGUCUCACUUGAGGUGAACCUUGGCAUGUUUGACAAGCUUCGACAUAGUGUCGAAAAGCUGGACGGUGGUCGAACCCUUAGCGACUCCCACCUCUCGUCUGCCCUACUAGCGUCGUUGCCUCCGUGCAUCACGCCGGACCUACACGUAUGGCGCGGAGCUCGUCCGAGCAUUCCGUACGCCGAGUUGCGAACCCUUCUGGCGCAACACUGGCACGACCUAACCUUGCGACUCGACUCGAACGUCGGCGCUUCAACUUGGUGGAUCGAACCAUCCUCCGCCAACCGACAGCGGGUACGGCAACCCGUUCCGCCGCGCCCAACGCGAAGCGGAACGCGCCACUCGUGGCACUUGUGA